AUCAUUUGUAAAUAAUUUAAUAAAUUAUUUGGAAAUUUAGUGCAAUGUUUUUAAUUUAAUCACCCAGAAUCAUUUUUAAAUAUAGCCAUGAUCGAUAAGUCAUUGAUCAUCUUUUUAGCAAUAUUUUUAUUUGACUUUGCUCAAGCAUCUUUCGGUGAUCGAUUACGAUUGUUUCAAUAUUUUUUCAUCGAUUGUGUUCGAAAUAAUUGUUCGGAACCAAAUUUAUUGACACAAUUUGAAUCAAGACAACCGAUAUAUUUAAAACUAUUCGGAUGGGAUUGCCAAUCCGAAUGUCAAUUACAAGCACAAUGGCAAACAAUUGAUCGAUUACAGAAUGAUGAGAAUGUUCAUUCUGUUCCACAAUUUUAUGGAAAAUGGACAUUUUAUAGAUUGUACGGAAUCCAAGAACCGGCAUCAUUCAUUUUUUCCAUUGGUAAUUUGGCAACAAAUUUAUACUGUUGGAAGGAUUAUCGAAUUUUCGGUGAAUAUUCAAAUGAUCCAUUUUAUAAUUUAUGGAGAAUACAAGCAUUCAUCUCGAUGAACGCUUGGUUUUGGUCGAUGGUAUUCCAUGCUCGUGAAACACCGUUAACUGAGAAAUUAGAUUACUUUUCAGCCUACUUAAUUGUGAUUUAUUUACUAUAUACGAUAACUAUUAAAAUGAUCACCGAAAUGUUCGACCUAAAGGUCAAAAAAAUUCAGAUUUCCUUGGCUAUACCUUUCAUUGGUUUUUACAUAUUUCAUUUAAUUCGAAUGUAUCAUCGAUUCGAUUAUGGUUAUAAUAUGAAAAUCAAUAUUAUGACUGGUAUCACAAGUACAAUUUUAUGGCUAGUCUGGUGUUUUAUUAAUCGCUUUCAUCGUAAACACAUUCGAAAAUGUUUUCUUAGUUUAGCAUUCGUCAACAUCUGUUUGGUGUUGGAAUUGUUUGAUUUUGCACCGAUAUUCUACACAUUUGAUGCACAUUCCAUUUGGCAUUUUGCUACAGCAUUUUUUCCAUUUUUCUGGUACAGUUUUCUCAAAGAUGAGGCCAUAUUUUAUCUAGUCCAAACAUCCGAUAAAGAUGCAAAAGAAAAAUUACUUUGAUUUAGUUUUUAUUUUUAUUUGUUUUGGAAUUUAUUAACUGUUUUUCUCAAAAAAAAAUUAAAUUUUAGAAUU